AUUUCUCUUCACUUAAUAUUUUCUGUCCUUUUUCCUGAGUCAAUCGCGCCAGAUCGGUUUUCCUCCAGUUUGAUAUAAGCAGCACUGACCCAUUACGCUGUGUUAUGCGAAUACGUUUGACGUCUGGGUGACUUUUUUAUUUGCCAAAGAAAUUUGCCUGUUGUUGAAUUGACGUUGCUGGAUAUUUUGAUAGCCAGGCGUAAUUAAUGUCGGUAAUGGCAGCCAUACAACGCAGUGUCGUCGGUUAUAAGGAGCAUCACGGAUCGGGAUCAAUAGGAAGCGCGGAAGAUGAUUCGAUGAGCGGAUCCGAUGGAUCCGGAUCCCCGGCCGGUAGUAUUGUCGACUUCCACGGUCAGCCGGCACAAAUACUACUGCAGUACGAUACCUCCACCGGUCAGUUCACCGAUCCCGGUCUGAUUAAACCACAAGUGGUGCGUCGCGAAAAGCGCCCCUUUCCCAACACAUUCGAUGCAUUGAAUCAUCUCACCAGCUUCGGCGCCGCCGAUCCCCUCGCUGAAGCCAAUCCCGUACUGAUUCGCGCCAUCUCCUCGAUGAACUCCAGCGCCAGCUCCACCUCCAGCCGGCGCCAACGGAGCGAGAAGAAGCCAAUCCCAUCCGAACAGAAAGACGACAAAUACUACGAGCGCCGGCGACGGAACAACUACGCAGCCAAAAAAUCCCGGGAUUUCCGCAAAGCCCGCGAAGACGAGAUCGCCAUGCGCGCCUGCUACCUGGAGAAGGAGAACGCCGUCCUCAAAGCACAACUGACCACCCUGCGGGACGAAGCGGAAGCGUUAAAAAACAUGCUCCUGCAGAAACGCCAGCAGCAUGCCCAACACCAGACCGCCACUCUGUCGCGCUACAUCGGCCAACUGACACUGCCGGCGCACCUGCAGUGAAAGCGGCCCCCGGCGGGCGGUCGCGCUAGAGAUAUCCAGAGAGUAUUUUAUUUGUGGCGCCGCGCGGUGGUUUUUUUGGUUUUCUUUUUUUUUGUUCCACACUCCACGUACGUGCUUGUCGUGUAUAUUGCGUCUGUACUUGUAUACAUGUGUUGACCUUUCUUGCUGCUCCUGCGUUGCGGAGGAUGAAGGCCGGAUUGAUAAUGGAGAGGUUGUGUUUGCUCCCCUGUUUAUACUUGCUGCUUCCGUUGGCGGUCUGCUCUGUCCAGAGGCUUUUAUUUACGAUUUGUUAUGGUUUUUUGUCCAUGGCGGGCAUUUUUUUCGGGAAUUAUUCUGUAUAUACAUUCGCACUAUAUCAUAUGUACCGCAUAUAGCUAUUUAUAUCAAUAAAAACCAAUGAAAUA